AUGCUACUGAACAGCCAGGAGUCAUUGAAGAAACAAUUACUGGAGUUACAGCAAGAAGUACAAGAGCUACGCAGGUCCGCAGCAGAAACGCAGAACAAUAUUCUCAAACGUUUGGAAACAGGACUUGAAGAAAUAACCGAGGUGCAAGGCAGCAAUCAGCAGAUACACGAUCGACUGGCCGACAUUGAACGUUUGCAACUGGAUCCACUGCAGUCCUGCCAAGCCGUACCCCCUAAGGUGUCAGGAAAAUAUAAAAUCCAAGCAAAUGAGCAAACGCGUCCCUUCGUUGCAUAUUGCGAACAAGCGCUAUUCGAUGGAGGUUGGUUGGUCAUCCAGCAUCGAUUUGAUGGGACGUUGAACUUCGAACGGAACUGGACCGAUUAUCGCAAUGGAUUCGGUCAAGCUGGUGCGGAAAUGUGGUUAGGAUUAGAGCGCAUUCAUCAUGAAUUGCUAGUGGAAUUGAAAGAUUUCGAAGGGAACUACAAGUAUGCGCGCUACGACUCAUUUGCCAUCGACAGCGAAGCAGAGCAGUAUCAGCUGUUAACUCUCGGAGCCUACACGGGAACUGCGGGCGAUUCUUUGAGUGCGCACAGGGGAAUUAGAUUUUCAACGAUGGACCGCGACAAUGAUAGCAUUGCAGAUUAUAGUUGUACGGAAGUCUGGGAAGGAGGUUGGUGGUUUGAUAAAUGUUUUAAAGCAUUUCUGAACGGAAGAUACCAAAGCGUGGAUGAGCACAAGAUAUCGUGGUACACUUUUCACGACAAAUAUCAAGGAUUAAAUUACACGAGAAUGUCGAUUCGCCCGUUGAACUGAGGCGCUAAUUUCU